UUCUAGUGUUUGUUUUUGUGGCAAUAUCGGUAAUUUUAUUUUGCGAGUUGAUUUUAAAGAAAAGUACCGAUUAAUACCUUGAAAAAUGGAGAGGGAUAAAAGUACUAUGCUUGCAUUGUUGCAGCUGCUUCAUAAAUACAAUUUUAAGGAAACUGAAGAAUUAUUUAGAAAGGAAGCUAAUCUUCAAAAUGUGUCUAUUGAGGAUACACCACAAAAUGAUUCUGAGGUUAACAGUGUUCUGUCAGCGUACAAAAGUGAAGGUGAUCCAGCUCUUUAUGAAAAGUCAUAUGGAGAACUUAAAAAAUUUGUUGAAAGCUCCUUGGACAUUUAUAAGCAUGAACUGGGCACUAUCCUCUACCCUGUACUGGUGCAUAUGUAUCUGGAGCUAGUGUACAACAAUCACUCAAAUGAGGGGAAACAACUGAUUGAAAAACAUAGUAAUAGCUUGGAAGAGUAUUAUCAAAAUGAUUUGAAAAAGUUGUCACAUGUGUCAAAACGAGAGCAUAUGGCUGGAAAUGAGUUAAUAGACACUUUCAAGUCAAAUCAAUUCAUUAUUAGAAUGUCUCGUGAUACAUUGUCGAUAUUAAAAAGAUAUCUUCAAGAAAAGAAGCACAGUAUCUUAUUAAAUAUAAUACAGGAGCAUUUAUAUUUUGAUAUGUAUGAAGGUGUUGCAAGGAAUAAAAGUCAAAUUGACGCAACAUCUGGUGCUUUGGUAGGAGAAGCAACAAGACAAGAUAACAAAACUAAAGUAUACUAUGGGCUUUUAAAAGAACCAGAUAUUCAAAAUAUUGCAACGAAAGACGAAGAGGAGGAGGAAGACAAUGGUGGACCGGACUCUGACAAACCAAAGAAGAAAAAAGCAAAAAAAGAUCCUUUGUUCUCUAAAAAAACUAAAUCUGAUCCGAACGCUCCACCAAUAGGAAGGAUGCCUUUACCUAAUUUGAAAGAUGUAGACAAGCUUGAAAAAAUAAAAGCACUCAGGGAAGCUUCAAAAAGAGUUGUACUUGGUCCAGAAAGUCUUCCAUCCAUAUGUUUUUAUACAUUAUUGAAUUCUGUAAAUAAUGUUAUAUGUGCUGAAGUCGCAGAAGAUUCUAGCUUACUAGCUGUGGGUUUUCGCGAUUCUUUAAUCAGAGUUUGGAGUUUGGUUCCCCAAAAACUUAGAAUGAUGAAGGAUGCUGACCAACUUGUAGAAGUUAAUUAUGAAUCUGAGGAUGUUUUGGUUAGAAUGAUGGAUGACAAGACUGCAGAAUCAGUACGAUCACUGUAUGGUCACAGUGGACCGGUUUACUGUCUUUCUUUCAGUCCAGAUAAAAAUUUACUACUCUCUUGUUCUGAAGAUGGAACAGUGAGAUUAUGGUCUCUUCACACAUGGACGUGUGUCGUUUGCUACAAAGGACAUUUAUUCCCGGUAUGGUCAGUUAAAUUUUCACCUCAUGGCUAUUAUUUUGCCACUGGGUCUCACGACAAAACAGCAAGGCUUUGGGCAACCGAUUCUCAUCAACCCCUUAGAAUUUUCGCAGGUCAUUACUCCGAUGUCGAUGUUGUUCAAUUUCAUCCCAAUUCAAAUUAUAUAGCUUCAGGAUCGAGUGAUAUGACGAUCCGAUUAUGGGAUUGCGUUACAGGCAAUCAAGUGAGAUUAAUGACUGGUCACAAGGCGCCUAUCUAUUCUUUGGCUUUUUCUGCUGAAGGGCGGUUUUUAGCAUCCGCAGGUGCAGACAGUAGAGUUUUGAUAUGGGACCUUGCUCAUGGGCAUUUAGUUGCAGCGCUAGCUAGUCACACGGCAACCAUCUACUGCCUAUCAUUUAGUAGAGAUGGAAAUAUUUUGGUAUCAGGUUCUCUUGACUGCUCCAUCAAAUUAUGGGAUUUCACAAAGUUAGCUGAAGAAAUGAGUUUAGAAGAUGUAAACGUUUCGCACAAUCCCGACGUAAAAACCAACACAGAAUCCUAUCUAUUAAGAAGCUUUGGAACAAAAAGCUCAACUAUUAUUGCCUUGCAUUUCACACGGAGAAAUUUGUUAUUGGGUUUUGGCUCUUACUUGCAAGCAGGAACUAUUUGAUCUGCUUUCAUACAGAAGUGUAAUAAUCUCUUGUAAUUAACACACAAUAAAUACACGUGAGAGUAACAACGUAUAUCACGGAUACUGGAUCAGAAAUGCAAUUAUCUUAGCAGAAUAAAAAAAAAAAAUUAUUCGACGACAGGA